AUGGCAACUGGACCUGACUUCGCCAAUUCAGAAUGGUUUAUGCCAUACUUGAAAGUGUCUGAUACAAGGAAAAACGCCAAUGAAAUCUCCAACGCUGACAGCGGAACUUCUGUUAAGGUCCCUCUGACGCAAGCAUUCCUUGACCGGUACUUUGUAACCCGCUACUUCUGUGAUGUGAACAACGAGCCUGGCAACGACCUGUGCGUAAUGCAGCAUUCUAAUAAAGUAUGCGUGAUCGGUCUGGCCGCGGGUCACCAUCUGUUCCGCUACUGCCUACCGCCAACCAAUAAGAGGUCAAAGGUAGAAAACGCUGCUGUUGUUGAGCCCAUAAAAUAUGAAGCGCAUGAACUCUUGUUUGUGGACUUCCAGGUAGGAGUUGAUUUUUCUCUGUUUCUGUUCAGAAAGUUCGUUUACGUGCAUCACCGGUUUGGGACUCUUUCUGUUCCUUCUCUCGUUAGCUCCUAUCCGACUGACAGCUAUGACUUUCCGGCAUGCUUCUGUCGCUAUCAUCUUUUGACUCGACCUAACUGUCCUUCCGGGAUACGCAAACUCCAUCACUUUAAGUAAUUUUCCAGCGAUAUCAGAUAUGGUUGUACUGGUGGAAAUGUCUGCGUAAGUUUUGGUCCCAGCAAAGAGGCGUGGCGCCGUUGUGCCAGAUAUAAACUAGGGCCAACGAGGUGUAUGACGUUCGUAAAGUGGAGUUUUUUGCCACGCCAUCUGUCGUGUGUGAUUUCAUGUGGUCGGCUUGACUCGGUCAUGCCAUUAACACCCGACAGUAGACUUGCACUGCAUCCGCACCACACCACCCCGUCGUCCUCCUCCUACUCCUCAUCCCUCACCAGGACGCGGUGUCAAGACAGAGUCAAGGAGACCGGAGGCGAGGGAGGGCGCAUUUAGCUGGCACGGCGCAAACCCCCACCCAGGCGAACCACCACGCUCCCUGGUGCGCAACAUGCACUGACCAGGAUUUUUCACAACAAGAAAAGAUAGGGAAGGCGGCAGGGACCCUAAUGGGCGCAGCUUAGGUUUGAACACUGGCUUGCCGCCACACCCCGCAAUGUUGGCUUUUGUUAUGGGUGCGCAUUCCCGAUAACACCCACUGCACCCCGAUCUAACCUCGUGUUGGUCAAGCGCACCUAUCUUGUGCCUUGUUCUAGGGACAAGCAUUGGCACCUGAUAUGAUAGGGAAGGUAGGAUGGGGUCGAGUCUACGCGACCUUUUGUCACUGAUAAGCCAGAUGCGUUUGCGGAAUACCUUAACUCGCCAGCAGUCACGACUUAGAAGAUUGCCAAUUAACUGGAUUCUUCUGUCCCUUAAGCAUGGAUUAACUCGCAACGUCUAUUGUUUACUCCGAGCCCUCGGCACUUCUAACCAAUGUGUGAUCCAAUCUACCAAGGUCUGGUUCGUUUGAAGUGAGGACCACCACGCAUGUAGCACAUGUACACAGGGACAUAGUUGCUCCGGUCAAAUAUUGUACCCCACCCAUUUCUAGUCCUUUUUGUUUUGCUUUGCCAUUGGGACGUGGUGGACGUUGAAAGAGAUUGGAGUCAGCUCCACGCAAGUUUCCCUCAGUAUAAUCCGAAUCAUGUUGAUGUCACCGCUGUCCCUUCAAGCAGCUACGGUAGUCCUCGUCGAGUCCAACGAAUGAACUGUAUACGCAUGAUCAUGAUUUUGAUAACCCAACUUCCUGGCGCCUACAAACGCUGUCUUUCACCCAGUCCGUAUUUUCUUAGCUCACUCGUUCGUUCAACCUACUGGAAACCAAAAUUAGUGGGCGUCGAAAGCGCGGCUGUCACGCCGUACAGCACGGUAUGCAGUGCAUCGGGUUUGCCUCCUGCAGCCGUGGAGUACGCCAUCCCCUACUUUGUGGUCUCCCCGGUCGCAUUUACGAAGCCAACUCCCGAUUGGCUGCUGCCGGUGGCGGUGGCAGCGACGGCGGUCCGGCCGCCUCUUUCGAACUCACCGAGCGCCUCAAGAGCAGCCAUACCACUCACCCACCCCUCCGCCUCACAGCUUUUGGCCAUCCUUCAACGGCAGAGGGUCCCCGGGGUGAGGUUAAUUCCUCCUACCUGUGUGUUUUGAUGCCGACAUUUUCGAGAUCGGGAUCCCCCGAGGUUACGGACUCCCGACCUGUCCAGUCCGACAUUACAGAAGGCAAUAUGGUAAUCAGAAUCACCUCUAAAGGACUGCUUGAUUCAGGAAUGGACUGGGCGACGUAUCGGACUUUCCGAAACUUGUAA